AGUCACUCGUUGCGAGAAAACAGUGCGCUUUCUUUGUUCAGAAAUGUAUCUCGUUUGAGCAGAAAUAUGAUAUUUUAUGUCCUAUGUUUUUUGCUAUUGGCACAUUUUACUAACGCAGGACAAAAAAUUUACAAUUUCGGGAGUAAAACUCCAUAUUUUUAUGAGGAAAGUGAGGAGUUGAAGUCAGACUUACCGUCCCACUGCAAAGCAAUCCACGUUAACCUUCUUGCAAGACACGGAACACGGCAUCCGAGUAAAAAAGACGUUAGAAGAAUGAAUACUAUGGUGAAAGUCGUGAACGAACUGUACAAAUCUGGCUCCGAAUUCAAGUUUAAUAGCGUCGAAUUUCCCUGGGUGACCCCUUUCAAAGACGACAAUGACAAACGUCUGAUUACAAGAGGUGAAGAAGAGCUGUAUAAUUUAUCCAAACGCGUAAGAAACCGUUAUAAGGAUCUCUUCAAGUCACCUCUCUCCAUUGAGGAUAUAAGUUUUGUCAGUACGAAGACGCCCCGUACUUUGCAGAGCGCGAUGGCCUUUGCGCUUGGGUUAAUGGAAGGUGAAGGCACUUUGGGCAGCUGUAAAAUACGUCCUGUUGACAUAGACUCUAGAGAUAAAGAAAAUGACCCCAUACUAAGGUUCUUUGAUAUGUGCCCUAAAUACAAGCAAACGGUGUCAAAGAACAAGAGCUCGUUGUUUGAACAUCAUAACUUCCGAGACACUCUUCCAAUGAUGCAAGUUGUCGAGAGGGUGAGAUUGAAGUUUGGAAACAGUUCUGUACUGACAGCCAGACAUAUCGUUGGGAUGUACGUAGCCUGUGUAUUUGAGAAUGCAGUAUUUGAGAGGGAUAAUACAUGGUGUUCUGUGUUUACAGAGGAAGACUUUGAAGUCUUGGAAUAUUAUGCUGAUUUGAAACAUUACUGGAAGAGAGGUUAUGGUCAUGACAUCAACCACAAGAUGGCCUGUAAUCUUUUAGCAGUUAUCUUAGGAGACAUUAAGAAUUCUUUAAAUGUUACUAGCACCACAAGGAAAAAAGGGGUUUUUAGAUUUGCCCAUGGUGAAACACUACAACCGCUCUACUGUGUUCUAGAGUUGUUCAAAGAGGCUGACCACAUGAGGGCUGACAAUUUUAAUGAAAAGUCUAAACGCUUGUACCGAUUAAGUGAAAUUAGCCCCUUUGGAGCUAAUAUAGCCUUUGUUGUUUACGACUGCUCUAAAGAGGAAUCUGAGUUGGAUGAGGAAUCUUUCCAGGUGGAUGUUCUUGUUAAUGAACGGCCUGUUUCCAUACCGUGUUGUGCACCUGGGAAGUGUUCUUUAAGGAAGUUCUUCGACUGUUUUGAAGGCAUUGCCAAGAACUGUAACAUGGAAGCUGUUUGUGCAGUGAAAGAAAGUGAUGGAAGCCAGAACAAUCAUAGUGAAUUAUGAUGUAUUUAUUAAUGCAUUAAUGUCAGGUCGUCAUUAACCUGAGGGGAGGGGUUAUGCCUUCAUGUUGUGGGGUGGGGUUUGGGGUGGGGGGAGAGGAGGAUAUUCAAAUAUUUCCAUUUUGAUCAUAAAGCUGAGGCAGUUUGGAACUUUCCACCUUUUUUUACAACCCCUUGUUCAAAAGAAGUAUAUUACUAUCAUUGCUAAGGCUUUUGUUAUCGGCCACAAUUAUUAUUAUCACUUGUUGUUUAUAUUAGAAGGUUGAAAUAUUUAAUGUUAAUGAUUUAUACUUUCUGUUAUGUUCAUUGAUCAAUAAACCAAGCUGUAUAUAUAAUUUACGAAUCGGUCAGCCACUGUUGUCGUGUUCAGAUUGAAGGGACAUCAUUUUACCCUGUGUUCCAAAGUAUGUGACAUCAGAGGCACAAGAGGAGUUUUCCCAUUUCAUAUUGUGUCAUUCCCUAGAGUAUUAUUUCUUUGUUUGACAGUUAUGUUUGCGAAGACACAUGAAUAUGGAUACUACUCACAAAAAUAAUUUUAUUCUCAAAAG